AGCCGUACGCGUCUCAGUCCCGCAGCUCUGCCCCGCAGCUCAGCCCCGCAGCCCAGCCCCGCAUAAUAAACAGAGUCAGAGCAAACCUCAUCUGUGUGUUCUGCGUUAAUCCGCUCUGAGAUCCAGAGAAACGACACAGAGGAGCAGACAUCAGCUCAGUCAAGGGGCGUCCAGGCGAUUUGAUUUGCUUUUUUCCUUUCUUUCUUUUUUCUUAGGUUUAUUUUAUUUUAUUUUAUUUUAUUUUAUUUUUUAAAUCUAAAUACAAAAUGAAAACCAAAUUCAUCAACGGGGUGUCCUCGUCCCCCUCCAUGUCCUUGGGUCUGCUGGUGACCGAAAACGCCCUGCAGGUCCAGCCCGACGCGGAGGAGGACUGUAAGCUGAUGCGGCCCGAGCAGCCCGACCCAGACACCAAGCGCAAGGCUUUCCUGUGGUGCAGGGAGUUCCUGCACGGCGCCUGGAAGAGCGUGUCCGAGGAACAUUUCCACAUCACCAUCAUCAGGGGGGGUCUGAGCAACAAGCUUUUCCUGUGCAGCCUCCCUGACAGCCUGGACAGUGUCGGGGACGAGCCCCGGAGCAUCCUGCUGCGCCUCUAUGGGGCCAUCCUACAGAUGUCCUGUAAUAAAGGGGAUUCCAGACAGUCAAACAAAGAAAAUCACUUCCAAGGGGCAGAGGCCAUGGUGCUGGAGAGUGUGAUGUUUGCCAUUUUGGCGGAGAGGGAGUUAGGACCCAAACUCUACGGGAUUUUCCCUCAAGGCCGACUGGAGCAGUACGUCCCUAGCCGUAAGCUGGACACCUGUGAGCUGAGUGACCCCAGCAUCUCGGCCGAGGUCGCCGAGAAGAUGGCCAAGUUCCACGGCAUGAGGAUGCCCUUCAACAAGGAGCCAAAAUGGUUGUUUGGAACCAUGGACAAGUACCUGAGCCAAGUCAUGAGGCUCAACUUCACCAGAGACUCUCACCUGCGUCGCUUCAACCGCCUGCUCAGCUACAACUUACCUCACGAGAUGGAUACGCUCAAGUCUCUGCUGGAGGCCACCCAUUCCCCUGUCGUCUUCUGCCACAACGACUGUCAGGAAGGCAACAUCCUGCUGCUGAAGGGCCAGCAGAGCUCCGACAAGGAGAAGCUGAUGCUCAUCGACUUUGAAUACAGCAGCUACAAUUACCGGGGAUUUGACAUUGGCAACCAUUUCUGUGAAUGGAUGUACGACUACAGCUGUGACAAGUUCCCCUUCUUUAAAGUCGACGCUCAGAGCUUCCCGUCGAAGGGCCAGCAGCUGCACUUCAUUGAAAGCUACCUGAGAGAGAGCGAGAGAGGGUUUGACAGCCUGAGUGACGACGACCAGAUGAAACUGAAGGAGGAGCUGUACGUGGAGGUCAACAGGUUCUCCUUGGCGUCCCACUUCUUCUGGGGUUUGUGGUCCAUCAUCCAGGCCCGGAUCUCCACCAUCGAGUUUGGAUACCUGGAGUAUGCUCAGGCCAGAUUUGAUGCCUACUUCCAGCAGAAGAAGGUCUGGGGUGUCUAAUGGAGAUCAGAGGAUUCAAAUCCUGGAUUGACAACACGUUCAGCCGACCGGCAACAAGUGAUAGAUUGACAAGAGUCCACACCCAUGCUUUACCUAGACUCCCUGCUUUGGGAGGAGUUUCUGGCUGACUGCUGGAGUUGACCAAAGCCAAAACUUGAUCUUCUGGCAAGGUGCUUUAAGUACAUCCCACAAUCCACUGCAGCUCAGAGUUUACAGCGAUUAGCUCCCAGAGCCCCCACCCACAAAAAAAAAAAAAAAAAAAAAAAAAAAAAAAAAUCAACCUUGACAGCUCUUUGCUUCUGCCUUGUUAAAUCCAUAUCACUAACACAAGGGUGUAGAUGUUGAGCUGGAGAGUGGAUUUCAGUUCCGUGUAGAUUACCAUUUGGAAAUGUUAACAUUGCAUCAAUGUACACCAAUCUAUCAUUCCCAUAUGGAAAUGUACUGUGAGAGAGAACCAAAAUGUGAACUUCUCUUGGUAGAGCCUUGCUUAGUGAGGCAGCCAGAAGCUAACUGCAUAUAUUAUAUAUAGAUGUCAGUGUGCCAGUAACUUGGCCCAGUCUGAUACUGGAGGGCUGACCUGUUGGCUUGCCGUGUCCCUGAUCGACGUGCAGUCAUGACUUGACCAGCAGGUCAGGUUGAUGUCCGUGCACUUUGGUCAGUCAUUGGAUUUUCAUUCAGUUGCUUCUAUUUACAUUCGUGUCAGACCUGGGGCAGUAGAAAUAUACUCAGUUUUAUGUAGUCCUAAUAUCUGUGCAAGAUCCUCUCAGCCGUCCUGUGAACACCAUGCCCUGAGGUAGCUGCAGGCAGAGUCCUGUGUCGACACAGUUGUGGUGGGUUUAUGAUACGGAGCGUUGCACCAUGACGUCACUGUGUGCUCUGUGCCUCUGGUCGCUCCAGACAUGUUGUACAUUUUAGCCAAAAAGGCAUUCCAGCUGUGCUUUAGGAGACUGGGAAGUAAACUGCACCCACCCUGUAGGUUGCCAAGCUGACAAAUGGUACCAGUGGAGCUAAUGAACCACCUGUCUCGCUUUCACCCACACAGAUACUUCAAACUUCAAACAGUACACAAUGCAGCAGUAACAAAACUAUAAAACUAUAAUACCCCCAUUGAAUUCUUUGAUGAUGACCCUGGUACUUUGGCUAAAGUACCAAGUUUCCUCAUUAUUAUACCCAUAAUCCAGAAUAGCACACACCUGGGUGUUAUCAUACAGUCAUAAGUGCAUAGUCAUAUAAGCGUUUGAUUACAUGGGCAUUAAGAAUUUUAGGACUUUUAUCAGCUGCUGUCAUGAAGAGAUCUUUGGCCUGUUAUGAAAGUGGCAACCAGAAAUGUAAAACUCUCAUUUUCAUACUGCAGCCAAUAAACUAAUUAGAGCUAAUUAGAGCCGAGCUCAACCAGAAACAUCCAGUGAAGAGGUAAAAUAUCACCAUGCUAAACAAUGUAAUAAUAAUAGAAUAAUACUGAUUUGCCAUUUGCUUUAUGCUGCAGUGCUGGUUGCUGUGAUGAAGCAAUGCCAGGGGGCAGAAAUCUCAGCACCUGGCUAUGUGAUUGAGUCCUUGGUCAUGAUCAGCAGCCCUGUCACUGCCUCAGAUACAUUAUAGUCAUUUUAGACUCUGGGACAGUCACAGUCUUACUGCCAUUUUAACAAAGGGAUUCAGUGACAUGGUGUCAUAUAAAACCUUAAGAGUAGCUGUGCUGUGUGUGUCAGGCUGAGGCUGCUGCUCUGCUUCUAGGGCAGUUUAUCCCAGUUCCACGUCCAGUGGAAAGCUUCAUGAGUUAUACUUCACCACACCAAAGCAUAAUAAUACUCACAUUUUGGUGAAAAAGUUAGUGCCAGGAACUUUGUUAAUCAAAAAACAGCUUGUUGUGCUUGUUAGCAUUUGGAAAGCUCGGUAGCGUAACAGUUUGCCCCUACAGUAAUAACUCACAUGACUCUAUAUGAACUAUUAACAGUGAUAACAAAUCUUACCAAGGAAAAGGCUAUUUAGUGCAAUUAUUUAUGGGUCGCUAACCCUAACCUCUAGCUAAAAUUCAAAAUUAACAUGAAAACAGCAUAAUUUUCAUAGCCAAUGGCAUUGUUCCACACAGACAGCUCACUUUAUUGCUAAGAAAUAUUUAGCCUCAUUCAACACUUUUGUUCUCCACAAGAUGGUAUAACAAGCAGCAGGCAAAAAAUACAGCCUGUACUGUGCUGUGUGUACUGUGUGUACUCUGAGAAGCUGUGUAGACUCUGAGGUGGACAUGGGAGUCCACUGUUCUUCCCAGCCUCUCCACCAGUGCAUGCUCCUCGUUUACCCCUCAGGCACCUGGAUUUAGCAACGGAAACCACCAAAACUAGUGUGUGACUGUAAAGUCAUGGCGUUUGUCAUGAAGUGUACAGUAGGCAUUACCUUCUUACCUCUUGUCAGUGAGAUGGGAGACCAUACAGUGUUGUACAGGGUGUACAGAGCUAAGGGAACCCAGAUGGAGGCAGAACUGUGAAGCUAAAUCAGAUCACUGCAGCAGCUGUCUGAUCCUAGGAUCCUCAUCCAGAGGCUGAAUGUCUACUGCUGCACCUUUGAUCAGAGGACGGAAACUAUAUAUGUACUUGACUAUUUUCAUGUUUGAAUAUUAUUAGCUGUAUUUUUCAUACAAGUGUAUGUUGUUGUAUGUUUCAUUGUUAUAUUUCUUUUGGAAUGUUUUUCAUGUAGAAAAUGUGACACUAUGAAACCAGGGAUGAACUAAUAAUGCGUCAUGCAUCUCUGCUGCUGCCGGCUGAUAGGACGCUGGUAUGGGUGCACGUUUCCCUCGGAUUGGACUGGUGCUCAGUGCCAGUGUUUAAGGUUUAGCACUUGUAAUGAAUGGCAGCAGUGGAAAAGUGUUACUGGUGCAUCCCUGUUGAGAUAAUAAUCACUAGUCGAGUGCCAUUUGAGCUGCCACUGGUUUUUCAGUAUCACACAAUGGCACUUCUGAUGUCACGGUAGUUUACACAUAUUUUCCUUCUCCCUCCUCAAAUGGAAUGUUUUUAUUUUUCUUUAUAAAGAUGUUUUGUCUUUCUUUGAUGAAAUACAUCACUACAUGCUACAUGAAACUCCUUCGUUGUGAUUUUUACAUGGCAUUGUGUAAAAUGAGUCACUGAUGGACAGCCAUGACUCUCUAACUGCUGUACAUUCCAUAACCCAGUGUUCAUGUGCUGACUAUAUGCCACUUGUUGUUACUUAGCUUCCAUAGCAUGUGUGUUGUGGACCAAAAAGAACUAAAAUCUUAAUCUAAUUAGUUCUCUGCCCUCAUGUUUUUGUGCUUUGAUGCUAUUUAAAUUCACUAAUGAAAAUAUAGAGGGUACAUGCUAUACAAAAUCCAAACAUAAGGAAUGAUGAACUUACUAAUCACCCCAAAUACCUUAGAGAAUGUACACUAUGUCAAUGUAAUACACUGUUAUGUAAUUAUUUUGUAAAGAACAUCCUACUAUUAAUCAAUACUGUGACAGGACUCAACUAUACUAUCAUGUGACUUACAAUGUUAACCCUUGCUAUCUAUGCAGCUAUACUGUAUACACAUAUACUCUGAAAAAUAAUAAUACUGUACAAAGACAAGGUAACUGAAUUGGAAAAGGGGGAACUGCUUUGUGGAUGCAUUGUGCCACUGCAGCAUAGAAAGGACCUCGGUUGUAAAUGUACUUUUCUGCUUUGCACAAAUAAAAAAUAAACAGGAAACAGUUGAA